CAACCGUCAACUCAAUUUAGUCUAAAUUGUCAAUAGUCCAUUACUUACUUUCCUAACCAAAGGGGUUGGGUCAAUCACGAAACCCAAGUCCUUCAAUUUACUUCGAUAUUUCCAUUUCUCUGCAUAAUUUUUUGUAUUAAUUUCUUUGGAUAAAGCAUGCAAUCUCAGAACAACGAUGCAAGCCUUGACAAGUUUUUUUAUGUGCUUGUUCUUCUUAUUCUCCCUCCUAAGAAUCUCAGCUGCAACUGCACUUGUCACGAUCACUCCGAGUGGAUAUCUAAGAGAUGGCGAAACUCUGGUUUCAGUAGGUGGAAGCUAUGAACUGGGAUUCUUUAGCCCUGGUAAAUCGAAAAGUAGGUACUUGGGAAUAUGGUACACUUUUUCUACUGAUGCAGUUGUGUGGGUAGCCAACAGAGGAACACCACUUGGUGAUUCUUCAGGACUUUUGAAGCUCACUGAGCAAGGAGUUCUAGUCCUCCUGAAUAGCUCAAACAGCAUUGUGUGGUCAUCGAAUUCAUCAAGAAUUGCGGGGAAUCCUAUAUCGCAACUAUUGGAUUCUGGAAAUCUUGUGGUACAAGAUGGGAAAGAAACUAACCCCGAUAACUUCUUGUGGCAGAGUUUUGACUAUCCUUGUGACACAUUCCUACCGGAAAUGAAGCUUGGUUGGGACUUGGUUACCGGUUUUGAGAGGUCUGUAUCGUCUUGGAAUAGCACAGAAGAUCCUGCUCCGGGAGAGUUUUUGGCACGAAUGGAUCAGCAUGGCUUACCACAAUUUUUUGUUAUGAAAGGAGCUAAGAUACAAGCCAGAGGAGGGUCAUGGAAUGGCCUUUUUUUUACAGGAUACGGAUACGGUGUCAGAGAACCAAAUCCAAUCUCUGGGUCUGAAUAUUUGACAGAAUACGGAUAUGGUGUCAGAGAACCAAAUCCAAUAUCUGGGUCUGAAUUUGUGAUGAACAAGGAUGAGGUCUAUUAUGACUACAGGCUCGAGAACAUGUCAACGUUCUCGAGAUAUGUAUUGAACACAUCAGGGGUGAUAGAGCGGUUCACAUGGUUGUACCAAACACACAGUUGGGAACUUGCCUUAUUCCUAACAGGUCCGUGUGAAAGUUAUGCCUUGUGCGGUCCAUUUUCUAGUUGCACUAUCAACAGUAACUCUGCAAUAUGUGCAUGCUUGAAGGGAUUUGUACCAAAAUCUUUGAAAGAUUGGAAUUCGGGAUAUUGGUCUGAUGGAUGUGUUCGAAGGACUCCGUUGGCCUGCAGCGAUGGAGAUGGCUUCGUAAAGUAUAGUGGGAUUAAAUUGCCAGACACAUCUUCCUCAUGGUUUGAUAAAAGCAUGAGCCUGUCGGAAUGCAGGGGAUUAUGUUGGGGAAACUGCUCAUGUACUGCGUGUGCAAAUCUAGACAUCAGGGAUGGAGGAAGUGGCUGCGUGCUUUGGUUUGGUAACCUCACCGACAUAAGAGAAUUCACUCUUGGCGGUGGUCAAGACCUCUAUAUACGGAUAGCAGCUUCAGAACUAGAUCAUGUUAAGAAAAAGAGCAAUUUCAACAAGAGGCAGCUACUUGCAAUUCUCCUCAGCUCUGCAGUUUUUCUCAUGGGAUUGCUAAUAGUUGGAAUAAUAUUGUACAUACGGAAGAAGAAACUCAGAUGUGAAGGACACAGAAGAAAGGAUUGCAGAGACGAGUAUCUCAGAGAAGACGGGGAAGAGAUGGAGUUACCACUGUUUGACUUGACCACCAUAGCUAAAGCCACUGACAACUUUUCAAGCUGCAACAAGCUGGGAGAAGGUGGCUUUGGACCUGUGUACAAGGGUACACUGCUAGGAGGAAAAGAAAUUGCAGUAAAGAGGCUUUCAAAGAAUUCCGGACAAGGAAUGAGAGAGUUCAAAACUGAAGUUAUACUCAUAGCCAGACUUCAGCAUCGCAAUCUUGUUAAGCUUCUCGGUUGUUGCAUUCAAAAGGACGAAAAAAUUCUAAUAUAUGAAUUCAUGCCCAGCAAAAGCUUGGACUUUUAUAUUUUUGAUCAGGAGGGACAAAAAUUGCUCGACUGGCCUAAGUGCUUCCACAUUAUCGGUGGAGUUGCCCGAGGGCUUCUUUAUCUUCACCAAGACUCUAGAUUAAGGAUUAUACAUCGAGAUCUGAAACCUAGCAACAUUCUGCUAGAUGAUAAUAUGAACCCGAAGAUUUCAGACUUCGGCCUGGCUAAAACAUUUGGUGGUGAUCAAAGUCAAGCCAACACAAACAUAGUGGUUGGAACCUAUGGUUAUAUGUCUCCAGAAUAUGUAGUAGAUGGAAUCUUCUCGAUGAAAUCUGAUGUGUUUAGCUUUGGAGUCAUACUGAUUGAGAUGUUGAGUAGGAAGAAGAACAGGGGAUUUCGUCAUCCAAAUCACGACCACAACCUUCUUGGACAUGCAUGGAUACUAUGGAUUCAAGAUAAACCACUAGAACUGAUCGAUAAAACGUUUUGUGAUUCGUGCAACAUGUCUGAAGUGGUAAGGUGUCUUCACGUGGGGCUAUUAUGUGUGCAAAGAGUACCUGAGGAUAGACCAAGCAUGUCAUCUGUGGUUCUGAUGUUAAGCAGUUGUGAUGUCUUGCCGCCUCCAAAGCAGCCUGGUUUUUACACUGAACGAAGCAUCCAUGAAUCACCAACAAGGACGCUUCCAUGUUCAGAGAAUACUUUCAGCACUAUGAUGAUAGAAGCUCGGUAG